AUGGCUUACAGGGGUUGCCUUACCCUGUACUGCGGUCACUGCAACACAGGGCUGGCUACCGUGGAUAUUUUAAUGUUAGCUACAGUUCCUCCAUCAGCGACGCAUAUGGCCAUUAAGAAAGAGAAGGAAGAAGAAGCCUACAAAACACUUAGAAAGAUUCCAAACCCUGACGCUAAAAAAGCCUCUUUUUCUCCUUACAAAAUUCUUUGCAAACAGUGCAAUGAUUACGUGGGUACAGUCAGCAUUGUACACGAAAACACCCUGAUUUGUUUCAAGAUUGAAAACGUAUAUUUCAAAAAGGGGUAUGAGGAAAUCAGAGGGAAAAGAUUGAAGCACAUUAAAGACAAACUUUUGCGGUAUGGCCUUGAGGUUGUUAAUAUUUCUCAGCUACAACUUCCAGAUGCUAUUGAACAGAAUGAAACUCCUUCAGAGCCGUUGAUUUAUUGCGAUGUACGGAACGGCCUAACUACGGAGCAAGUCUUGUCUUUUACGAAGCAGAUCCCGCGCGAAUAUCAACAAGAAAUGUUUCUGGACGCCUUGCGCGGAAACACGCUGGUCUACCUUCCCACGGGCUCGGGCAAGACUUUAAUUGCAGCCAUGGUGCUGAGCUGUAUGAAAAAACUAAACCCAAACAAAUUGAUGGUGUUCUUGGUGGACCGCAUACCACUUGUGUACCAACAGAGAGACUACAUCAAGUCCCAAGUUCCAGACCUCAGAGUGGAGAUAUUAGCGGGAGAUGUUGGACGUUUCCCGGGCGAUAAGUCGCGUUGGAUAGCCACCGUUCAGGCGCUGGCAGAGAAUAAAAUCGAUCUCCUGGUUUUGACUCAUCAGAUUUUGUUAAACCUCAUGGCCAGUGAUCCUGUGGUGGUGCGCAUGUCUGAUAUUUCUGUUCUCGUUUUCGACGAGGCCCAUCAUUGCCUUGGAAAUCAUUGCUACAAUCAGGUCAUGAGAGAUUUCUAUAGCGUUACAAGUGACAAGUUUAAGCCUCUAGUGCUGGCGCUGACUGCCUCUCCAGCAAGCGCUGAUACACCCCAGGAAACGUCGCAAAAACUGAAGGAACUUCUGGCGAACCUAUCCGCAUGUGGGCGCAUGCCUUCUCGGUCUACAGACCUAGAAGUGUACUGGAACCGACCGGAUACGGAAUAUCAGGUGGUUCCUCUUAACACCAAGCAAACAGUUUUUGAAUCAAACGUGGAGUUGUACCUCAACUCCUUGAAAGAGCUCAUCGAAUGGGAAGCCAAGUGUCCUCGAGCGCUUGACAAGUUGCAAGUUCUAAAACACAACUACCGCGGUGCUUUGCGUAAGUUGAUUGAACGUUGCCAUGGUGACAAGAGCCGCGUAAAGGGCUUGGCACUAGGAGAACAUGCCAUGCACAUGCUCAGUGUGAUUGAAGUGAACAACAUCUUGGGGAACGAAUAUGCUGUGGAGUGUCUUGAAGAGUGCAUUAGACAGCUUCGAAUGGCCACAUCUCCUUUGGAACGGCUCAAGAAGAAGCUCAUUGGUUCUUUAAAUGCGCUAAAUGUUCUAGAAUCGUCGAUCAAAGACCUCAGACGAGUUUCAAACUUUUUCGCGUUCAGCGACAGGUAUCAACACCUUACCAUGGAACUUCGAAAAUUUAUUCUUCGGGUUGAAAAAGACGAAACUUCCAGAGGGAUCAUUUUUGUCAAAAUGAGGAGGACUGCCCACAAGCUCUGUGAACGGCUACAGAAAGAAACUGAAAUUUGUAAAACAUUGAACCCAGCCUUCCUCGUCGGUCAUGGCCGGGGAAGCGAUGGAAUGGACUGGAGAGGAGAACAGGAGGAAAUCCUCAAGAAGUUAAGAUCUGGAGAAGUUAAAUUACUUGUCAGCACGAGCGUUUUAGAGGAGGGACUGGACGUACCAGUAUGUAACCUGGUCAUCCGCUUUGACAGCGCACUGACUGUACGGGGAAUAGUGCAGAGUCGCGGGAGAGCAUCUCGUAGACCCGACAGCCGGUUUGUCGUCAUCUGCAGUGAUUGCAAAGAGCAAACGAACGCGUUCGAUGCUAUCAAAAUGGAAAAGAACAUGGAAUACGCAAUGAGGUUGCAACAAUAUUUCAUAGCUCCAUUACAAGCAGAGUCAUUCGGUUGUGAGAUGAAGAAGCCAGACUUGAGCCAACGAUCACAUCCAGUUGAACCGCCGACCAUGGUAUGCGCAGAAGAGGAACCACAAGCUGAGGAAGAGGAUGAUGACGUGGAAAAUGAAUACAGCGUCGAAGCAAUGACCAUCCAUGAACGAGGAGAAAGUCUCGCAUCAGGAGGACCCAGAAAGAGAAGAAAGAAGCGUGUUCCAAAUGUACGAAUCGCUAUUUUCAAUGUUGUCACAGAUAGAAACAACAACAAGGAAGUUAGCCAACUAACAGAAUACUUCGAGAAAUAUUUUGAUGUGAAGUCCUUGGCGCCAGAAACCUCUGAAGUUGUUAAAGACGCUGAGAGUUCAGCAGGGGAGGAGAGCACUUCGGACCAAAGUCACUCAGUCAUUCUUCGCCUACAGUUAGAGCCUUGUGAAGACCAAAUUUUCCGCAAAAAAGAAAAAUUCUUCACUCAUAUCGUUCAGUCGUGGUGUUCGCGUCCCAAAGCGUAUCGAUCUGAAACGGAGAAGCACUGGUUAUAUCGAGAUGAGCCCUCACAGAGUCAAAAGUAUUCCAAACAGGUGCUUGUCAUCAAAGCAGAAGCCAUCAAUCUGGGGUACUUUUGGAAUCGAGCGCAUUUCUGUAUUCACUGGCCUUUCAACUCCACCAAGCGGAUGGAAAACAUUCGCGUUGCGUUUCAGCAUGAUCUGCGAACAUUGUUGAUCUGUUUUACAAUGGCUAAUCCAUUCAGCAAAUGGAAAGCAGAUCUGUACAAGCUGCAAAUACGUUACAGCGAACUGAGAGAAUUUGUUUUGGUGGACAAACGGAGCUCAUCUUCGUCUCAAGAGGUAAUAAUCUCCCUGAGGCAUCCUCCACGCAUCUAUAGAGCGAAGAAUUUAAUCAAGAAAGAGCAGGAUGACGAAGAAAACGACUUUGAAGAUUGGUACUUCGAUGAGAACGACUACGACUUCGAUUUUGAUGACGAUCGUGGCUUCUCCAGCGAGUACUCGAGCGAUUCCGAAGAUGAUCAAACGACUUCCGGAGUCAACCGCAGUAGUGCCGAAAGUACUCAAGUGAAGUUCGAAGAUGAUACCGAAGCUCUUUUGACGAGUUCGGAUCUCGCGCGAAUUGACGACGUGGUGAAUUGGGAGCGUGUUACAGAAAUCGGAGACAGCGGGGAAGCUUUUGGUUUGUGCUUCGCCUACAACUUUACCUUUAAGGCGAGUGAAUGGCAACAUGUCAAAGAGGUACUUAAAAGCAUUGCUAGAUAUGACAAGAAGUCGUUCUUUGUUUCUAUGCGCAAAUCUGUGAGACGAUUACCAGAGGUGAACAUUUCCAAGGAGUUACCUUUUGUCGUCAAAUACGCCGCGCAAUGUGUUCUGAGUUCCUUCCCAUUCGCCAGGGGUAGAAUCACGACCAAGUUCGCCACUUUGCUUAGAAGUAAACCUGAAAAAACAACAUUGUCUGCCUUGGAAAGACUUGGCACAGCUCUCAAUCAGAAUUUAUUCUGCGAUCCAGAGGCCCAACUCGAAGCCUUGCUCAACCAAACAAAUUUGAAUCUAGGGGGAUUCCCAAAGCAACUGCUACCCGAUCAGUGCGCCAUGAUAAAACGGAUGGUGAUUACACCCACAAGAAUCCUUUACUACACACCAGAGAUCAUGUCCAAAAAUCGUGUCCUUCGCAAUUACAACACAAACCAGUUUUUGUGUGUGAACUUUCGUGAUGAAGACUUCUCGAGGCUUUCGUCCGCAGCUGGAGCCAUUGAUAACAUUUUAGAACGUUUGAAGCGGAUCUUGGACAGUGGAGUGAUUGCAGGCGGGGAUAGAUUCCUUUUUUUAGGAUCUUCCAACAGUCAGUUGCGCAAUCACGGCUGCUGGUUUGUUCGUCCCAGUCCUCGGCCAGAGGAGAUAAGAGAAUGGAUGGGAGACUUCUCUAGAAUAAGGUACUAAGAUCGAAAAAACGUUUAUGGACAUGUGAGGUUUUGAUGGACAUCUAAAAACGAUUGAAAUCAGGAAAACCUGACUUAAAGCUGGGGGCUGGGGGGAGGUUACACGUGAUGGACCAUUUAAAUCUAAAAGGAGCAGCGUUACUCCUAGUGAGAGGUUCGUGCAUGUCAUGGAAAACGGGGAUCAAUGUCAGUAUCUGCGCACCUACCCCUUCCCUAGCCUUAACUAAUUACUAGUUGACUGGAGUUGUGCUAGGGGAGGGGUAGGUGCACAGUUGCUUAGAUACUGAUAAUGAUAACUCAUAUGGCGAGUGAGCGCCAAUCAUUUUCCUUCAAAUUCUCAACAAGUUUCCCAUCUAUCCUUAGUUGUGUUGCCACAUUCAUGGCGCGAAUGGGUCAGUGCUUUUCGACAUCCAUGGAUGCAGUUGGUAUCGACGUCAGUGAAGGGACCAAUUGGGAAAUGGAUGAAGACAUUGAAACAACAAAUGGUAGCUACUGCUUCUCGGAUGGAGUGGGCAGAAUUUCGGAAUCUCUUGCUCGCCAGGUAAGGAUUUGAACUCAGAGAAUAGAAACACUAUCAGUGAUUGUUAUAGGAAAAAAGACUUGAAACUCAGUUAAUGCAAUCGCUUCAAGUAUAGCUGUUUCUAUUCAUAGCAAGAAUGUCAGAAAUAUUAUUUUUAGAACCGGUGAUUUCUGCUACUGUCAUCGUUUUUAUGUAGACGAGAAGUCACUCCUCUGUAUUGCGCACGCGCGUUGAUCGCGAGUGAAGUCAUAUUGUGUAAGGAUGCACUACUCAACGCUAAAGAAUGAUGUUAACCAACUUGACGCUUAACAGAGCCUUUUUCAUUGAGCUUGCCAACAACUGUGUGCUUUCUCAGCGUCAUUAACAUUGAGUUAGUCUCUCCACGCUCGACAACCGUUGCACUUCUUCUCCUUGGCAGGUCGCCAAGAAGAUAGCCAAGAACUUUUUGCCUUCCGCGAUCCAAGUUCGCUUUGCUGGAUGUAAAGGAGUUCUAACACUUGAUCCCAGGCUUCCAGGCAACAUAGCGGUCUUCCGCCCGAGCAUGCGCAAGUUUGAAAGCUCCCAUCGACGGAUUGAAGUGCUACAGACCUCUCGUCCCCAGGCCGUUUUCUUGAAUCACCAGUUGAUCAUUCUUUUGUCUAAUCUCGGUAUUCCGGAUGAUGUAUUCAUGAAAUUACAGCGUGAUAUGUUGGACCGAUUGGCAGGUGAGAACGUAAAUAAUCGAUCUGUUUCAAAUAGACGUCGCCCUGUGUGAACGUGAGGAAGUAUAAGGAAACUGGGUUGAGCACAGCGGGUCGAGGCCGAAAUCUGAAUCAUGAAGCAUACUUAAUUUCUUCUGUGGUUUGACUUGCAUUGCUUGGCUUGUCUUCCUGCUACAAAUGGUUCCUAAUUGUGCAGUGGGACGUAAUUACAAAAGAAAUGUUUAAACAUUAAAUAUUUCUGCUUUUUUUUUUAUCUUUUUUCUCCCAGAAGCUAAUGAUUAGCCUCGACUUUGUGCACUAGACCCAGUUUUCCUCUAAUUCAGCACUUACCAAAGCAAUUCUGCGGAGCCGAGGUAGCAUCACCUCUGAAACUUGAGAAGCAAAGAACCUGGGAAAGACUUGUUACCAGACUCUCUGUUCUAGCCUCUUUAUUGUGAGUAACCUGAUUAUAUUUGAUUUUAAGGAAUGCUUGUAAACGAACAGCUGGCUUCUCAGCAGAUGACUUCGGGGGCCAAAACUGGCAUCGCUUACAUGAGCCUAUCUCAAGCUGGAAUGCAACUGACCACUGAACCCUUUUUUAAGUCUUUGUUGGUAGCACUGUACAAAGAGCGAAUGCAAAAUCUGCUUAGCCGAGCCCGCAUUCUCCUUCCACCAGCGGAGGCUCGACUUAUGAUAGGUGUCAUGGAUGAGACGGGGACCUUAAAGCCAGGCGAGGUUAGAAGAUAAAUAGUUUGAUCUGUGAUUAUUCUCGCUGUUGUUACUUUUUGUUAAUGCUCAGUGUAAAUAAAUUGUGUGUCGUAAGACCAAAACCAUCUUAAUUACAACGGCCAAUCAGAAGAAAGUGAAAUAAACCAACUAUUUGAGGAUAAGUUUUUCCUAUAAGGGUGCUUCGUUGUGGAACAGUUGGAACAGCCUUCCCCAUGGAUUCUGAUCGACUGUUUCCUAUCGCGAAUUCAAAAUUAAAGUGCGUCAUUAUAACUUUUGAAUGAGACACGGCAUCCUAGAAAAGCGGCUUUAAUGAUAUGAUAGGUUUUUAUUCUUAUAAUACUGUAUUAAUUAUUAGUUCAUUAUUAAUUUAUUAACGAUGUUAAUACGGUAUCAAUUAUUAGGUAGUUUAGCCGGCAGAAUUAAAUAUUUUGUACUCGUAGAUUGUCCUGAAGGAUUUUAUCGUUGAUAAACAAAUUUAUCUAUCUAUCUAGACCUCAUGGCAAAAACAAACAAAUUUAUUGAAGCGCGCAAAAACGCGAGUGACCAAGUUAUCUAAACCUAUCACACUGCGAAGUAAAGCGAAACGAGUGUAGUCCCGAAUCCCUUUCGAUGCUCAAUGGAUUUUUUCUUUUUUUUUCUUUUUUGCCGUUACUGCUUAGAUUACGUUUGUCUACGAACUCUAACAUUUCUUCUCAAACUAAUAUCUCUCCAGGUAUUUGCACAGUAUUCAGCGACUUCCAAUGACCCUGAUCACGAAGGAGAAUUCAGUAAAUCAAAAAAACAUAUCCUCAAAGGACCGGUAGUGAUAACAAGAAAUCCUUGUCUCCAUCCCGGAGAUGUCAGACAGCUGACCGCAGUAUACGCGGCUCAACUCGUUCAUUUGGUGGACUGCGUCGUGUUUCCUAAUCAUGGACCACGCCCUCAUCCGAGUGAAAUGGCAGGUAUUACUGAUGUUAGUAAUUAUUUCUGAUCCUUUAGUAUUGAUCACCAGGUUUCAUCAAAGGCAAAGGAGUGACGAAAAAAUACUGGUCAUUCACAAUUUUUCUCCUUCUUGACUUACGCACGACUCACCACCAAUACCGCUGUCGCCAUUGCGCAUGAACAGAGCAUGGAAUGACGGUGUCUUUGUGUUUGCAAAUUUUCUCUUAAUAUGAGCAUGCGUGAGGAGAUAUCCAGCAGUGCACGCAAAGGAUUUAGCUCAAACGGAACUUUAAUUUUUUGGUUGAAUAGGUACUCUUAACCUCCACUCAGGGGUAGAAUAUAAAAAACACAUAAGGAUUCAAUCAAGUUCUUUUAUAAGUCUAUUUCUUUUCGGCGGCAGAGUAGUUAAUGGUCGGAAAUUAAACGCUUGAUUUGCGAUUUUGUCUCUUUGGCUACUCUUUGGCGAAAAGUUCCCGCUAUUUACUUCAGAACUAACCAAUCAGCAUGCGGGAAAAGCUCUAUUCACUUCUGGGUGUGUAGUUUAUAUUAAUGAUCUUUCUUAAGGCGCUCUCUCUCUGCUCUUUCUCUGAACUCUGUAAGCGCACGCUUUUUAAUGCUAAACCCUUUAAUUCGCAUAAGUGACCAAAGCCAGAAUUCCUCACGACAAUAUCAAGAAAAAAGUGACGAGAAUAAAUAACAAUAUUCAUUAGGGGAUUAUCCGUUGAUCUAAUAACACAUUCUCCGAACUAACAUCAUAAGAAUUGUCUGGUAGACGGUGAGGAGAAUUACUAUGGAAAUCUUAGGGCUGAAAGCGUUAAUGCCACCGGUAAGGAUGUCUUCAAAUUGUAAUCAUGACUUUCUUCUUGUCAGGUGGAGAUCUCGAUGGCGACCUCUACUUUGUCUGCUGGAAUAAAGAGCUUUUGCCAAAGAGAAAACUUUUUCCACCGAUGAAUUACGAAGCACCCCCUAAAAAAAAAGUGCACGGACCAAUUCAAAUACAUCACAUGACCGAAUUUGUCGCCGAGUAUAUCCGGUUUGACCAGCUUGGUGUGAUUGACAACGCACAUAAAGCACAUGCCGAUUGUGACGAGGGAGGGGUCGAGUCGUCACUAUGUCUUAAAUUAGCUGAGCUUCAUUCAUUAGCAGUUGACGCUCCAAAGACGGGGGAAUGGCCCGAAAUGCCCAAAGAGGCGAAAGUCUUAAAGUUUCCUGAUUUCAUGAUGAAAUCCGACAAACCCAGCUACCCUUCAGACAAGGUUUUGGGAAAGCUUUAUCGAGAGUGCAGAGCAUUUAAAGACAGUAUAGGGAGAGAGGUUCCUCGAAAGAAACCACACAUCGACUACGCUUUAUUAGUGCCCCAUUUCCAGAGGUACCAAGACGAAGCAAAGGAGCUGUAUGAGGAAUACUCCAACCAGCUUCAAACGCUGAUGAACCUCUACGGAAUUGAGACAGAAGCCGAGCUGCUCUCGGGCUGUUUUCUUAAAGUACACUCUCGUCUUGGAAGAGAAAAAGUCGAGAUUGCUGACCUAGUUGGGCAAAUUCUCACUAAAAUACGCGAAAGCUUUCGGAGAAGGUUCUUCAGAGAGUUCGAAGUGAACGAAGAUAUUCGAGGAGCCGAAGAUGUUAUUUCCGAAGAAAUGCGAAGAAAGGCCUCGGCCUGGUACUACGUGGCGUACAGCAACAAGCAAUCGACCGACGCAGCAGAAAAUGUUCCGGAUGGAACCCCUUCAAAGCAGUUCUUAAGCUUUCCGUGGCUGGUUGAUGACGUUAUGCUGUCAAUCAGAACAGAAAGCGCAUUUGAGGAACAGGAGUCUCCAAGCAUCGUAGAGUCGAUUAAUGAAAGCGUUUUGAAGGUCUUUGAGAAAGACAGAAGAGUUCUCUUGCCGUGUUUUGAAGAAAGACUUCAGAAAAAGAAUCUAAUUUCUAGAGAAAUUCCUGGAAUGAGUCUUGCUUUAUUCGGUUCUUCAGCGACACUUCUCUUCAGAACAGAUUCGGAUCUUGAUCUUUGUGUGCUAAACUCUGUGCGCAUCGCGCGACGAAAAGGAUUGGAUCGAGAGGAACAGAUCGCCUUAUUGACGAAAUUACACCCAAUCAUGAAGAAGCUGUUUAAGCAUGCGCGUCUGGUGGAGUCCGCUAAGGUUCCGGUAAGUGCUGUCUUGAAGUUGAGGGAGGUGGAUUAUUUCUCUUAAAUAAUGCGUGUGCUGUGACCUCUGUCAUCCUAUAACUAUAUCAUUUAUCUGAAGAUCUAGCAAACUCAUCUCGGAGUAGCGAUACCUUGUAUACAUGCGGAAAUUCUCGAUACAAUCAUCAUCAAUGAUUAAAUUCUCGAGCACUCAAUGAAUUCACAUAUUCCACUUUUCUUUUUUUUUUUUUGCUAUGUUCCCUUUCUGCACCAAAACUUGGUAUAUAAUCUUCUAGAAGGAAAGAGGCCACCCUUCCAUUCAAAAAAGGAGACAAAAAGAUUGACCACAAUGCUUGUUUACGUGAAAAUGACAUGGAAACUCAGUGGAAGACUCCGAGAUGAGCGCUUUUUUAAGAAUUUUUCCCUAUGGCUAAGAGUUUUCUGCCAGAUUCUCUCCCUGAAAAUAACUGUGUCUAAUAAGGCUGUUUGUAUUUGAUUUCAGGUGAUUUCUUGCCAGAACCCGUCCAAUUAUGGGGGUCCCUUGGUUAAAGUAACAGGUGAUCUCUCAGCCUCAUGGGAAGGUCUCCUCAAAGCUAUUGUGUUAUCCAGCUACAUAAGAUCAUACCCAGGUCUCUUGCCGGUUCUCCGUCUCCUCCUCAGUUGGGGUCAUGUGACGGGGCUCGCAGGACAUGGUGUUGAGGCAGGGAUUAAGUCAAAUGAGCUAACUUUCUUGUUGCUUAUGUUCUGCGCUUCCAAGAAUUUGGUGCAAAAUUUCAACAUGGAAAGUGUUUGGGAAAGGUGCUUACAGAUUUCAACUGGACAAGUGAGCGACAUAGUUCUUAUCCAGGAGUGGCGAGAUGUUCUUGCAUCUUUACCGUCAUUGGAAUCCUCAGAAAACGAGGCCAGUGUUCCAAUCACUCUCGGUGAUGAAGAAAUCGGUGAGAUCCUGCUGACUUUUUUCCAAGCUUACAACUCCACCCUCGAAGCAGAAAUUCCUCAACCAUUUGCGUCACUAUUAGGCGUGGCCAAACUAUCAGAACUGCUGGACGCAGAACACUUGCGCCUGCUCAAGGAGCACAUGCAACGCGCUUUUCAUCUGUUGGCACUUUACGGUGACGUUGAAGUGCUUCUUACAAUCAGUGCAUCAGAAAUCGACCGUGUUAUUUUCUUGUCAGAGGAGCUGUCAUAUGCCAUGGCGGGCUCAGAAAGGCAUAACGCGUAUGAGUUGUCGAAAAAGACUGGUGCGAGAGUAACAAUUCGUCCCAGUCUCCCCGGAUCAGGAUUUGGUCUUGUUCUUCAAGCUAUUGGUACUGAGUCUGCUGUGGCGUCAGUAGAGCGAGCACUGAAUGCCAUGGCAACGCAAGCCUUGCGUAAUAGGGCUGCCAUUAUGUCAGUUUGCUUCGUUAAGGAAGCCAAACUCAUGGUGAUAGAAGGUUCUCUCAGUGACGAUGACCGCAUCACUUUGGUGCCGUACUACGGAAAUCGCCACCCCACCCAUGAUAGUCUGGCUUUGUACGUGCCCAUGCUGAUAAAUCCGAGAUCUGACCUUAGGCGUAUAGGAGCCGCCUUUACCCGAUAUGAGUUCCAAAGCUUUAAGGAGAAGUUUCUCACUCAAGUUCAGGUAUGAAUUACGAUGACUGUUACAGUGCUGUAGACGUUGCUCUGAAAGUUUUGAAGGCACUCGGGUUGAUAUCGGGAAACUUCGCAGAUCUUCGUGCAGUGCUUUGGACACUGAUCUGAAAGUUUUGAAGGCGCUCGGGUUGAUAUCGAGAGACUUUAUAGAUCUUCGUGCAGUGCUUUAGACAGUGAUCUAAAAGUUUUGGGGGCUCGGGUUGAUACCGGGAAGCGACGGAGAUCUCUGUACCAGAGACGAAUAUUGUGAGCUUUACGAAUGCAUGAUUCCACGAAUAAAAUAUUUGCCAUUGUUUUAAAAAACAAAUUAUAAAAAAAUUAGCAUUAUUUCCCGGAAUGUUUUUGGGCCUUUCUUCAUCUCAUUUUCCAUUACAUCACCUUCUGUUGAACAUUUGAUUUUUGAACCUAAAGACCUUGAUUCAAAGAUUCAAGACCAGUCAUUGUUAUUUGGCGGGAUGUCGGGGGAGGGAAGUUGGAGGAUUUUGGGGUUUCAUGGUUUUCAGGGGCAACAUAGGAGGAGAUCAGUCGUUGCUAACAGAGUAUAAAGGGGGACUAUAGUAAAUUGACUGCCAAUUAACUGCCAAUGGGGGAGGGGGAACGCAUAAAAUUAUUCUAGAGCCCUAUGGGGUUUCAGGUAAUUUUUAUCGUGACACAGAGAAAAUUCUCUAAGCUCCCCUUCCCCUCGUAGGCUAUGAAUUGAGACUGUUCCCUUCACUUCCUUUUUUUUUCAAUUUUCCAGAUGAUAGAGAGGGAUUUUGUGCCUUCCAUUCACGGUGAAAUGGAGUUCGCCGUUCACUUCGGACGCAUUUAUGUUUUAAAUAUUCCGAAAUCAUUUACUGAGGACACAGAAUCGCCAACUGUUAGUGUGUUCCAAACAAAUCUGUCACGUGGUUACAAACCUCGACCCAGUGUGCUCUCCACCACUCCUAGAAAUGACAAAAAGUACGUCAAGACUCUAAAAAGUCGAAAAGUUAAGAAGCGAAAGAACAACGAAGUCGGGGAGGAUGGCAAAAAGGCACCAAACCGGAAACCCUCUCGAAGCUCUUUCUUUACAAUCGUUACAUCGCAUGAGAAAAUCAUGGGUUUUCUGAUGCAGCGCGGGUUUUUAGAGGAAAAAAGCUCAGAGUCUUACCUGGUUGAAAUACACACGGAUCACGAAUUCUGUGUUCUCACAGAUGGAGCUUUUAAUUUUCUCGAAAUCAUGUAUCCCAAGCUGCGCUGGUGUGCGGUAGAUGUGAAGAGGUCUUGGCGGGAAAAUCCCGAAGAUCAUGACAUCACUGAUCUAGACGGAGUCGAGACUGAUGUCCGUUUCUUAUUACAGACCCGCCAUGCACUGCGCUCAGAGGACAUACGUGGAACUGCUUAUGAACAGUACCGUGAUACCUUGCAGCCUCAACAUUCCGCACAGGCUUCCCUGAUGUCCUUAUGUAGUUAAACCGGAAGUUUGGAAGGAGGUGGCCUUGAUUCGACACAAAAAGUCCCGGAUAUACAAGCUGAACGAAGACUUAGCAAUGCAAAGCGAGUUUAGGAAAGCCCUUCGUAUCAGUGUGAACGAGGUUACUGAGUAUUCUCGACCCACAGAACACGUAUCUGCCUUCAGUAAAGUUAUGACACGAUGGGAAGUUGUCGCCAAGGCUGGAUUACCCAACAGUUGGAGUAAUAGCGAAGCUGUGGAGAAGCUAUUGAGGGAUAUCUGGGCCUUUGCUUUUACUUUGGCCUCGCAUUUAUCCGACUAAAAGAAAAGACACUGAACUGUUUUAUCUUAAGUGACAGAUUUUUUUUCUCUCCACAAGCUUGUGUAAGUUAGCUCGCUCCGUCAUUCAUAGCGAGUGUAAAUAACGCGAUAAAAGUCUCUCAGAGCUUGAGGUGCUGAAGCGAGAGAAACCCGUCACCCAUUUGAUAAGGCUGAUCUUGAUAACUGAGGACUUACUCUUUAGAACAAUGACAAUUACUUUGAAUUGUGAUGCUAGCUUGACUUCAGAAGAAUAGAUUUGUGCGGCUCUACAAGUAGCUGUAAUUUGUAGUGGGAAAUUCAGCCAGAGGUUGUUUCCAAAUCUCAAGAACGUGGAAGCAGUAUUUCCCCUUAGCUAUAGAGCUGUCGAGGUUUCCUUCCCCCGGCCUUUAAUUCAUGUAAAAUCGAGUUUGACCCUUUACACUCUAACAUCAGUAUGCAUAUUCUCCAUACUACUCUCUACACAUUUCCGGGGUUACUGAGAAGGAGAAUUUGUUAAACAAUCAAGAGCAUUUUAAGUGGUUGAUUAUAUCCUUUCUUCCUGUGACAAUAAUUUGUGAUUCAGGGGCGAUAUUGGAAUGAGAAAUUAGAUGUUGGUCACUCUUAGGCAUCAAAGGACUAAGUUCAUAUGACAACAUUCCCUGUUUAUUAAUUUCCAUGGGACAAUAAAGCGAUUCAUUUCAUUCGAAGUAAAACUCAAACGAUGGUUAAUCCCCC